AGCCAGUCAGUCACUGAUAGUUCAGUUGGAAGCAGGUAGCUAUUGUGUGCGAGGCGCGUGCGCACGCGCUCACGAAUAAAAUAAAAAAUAUAAAUCCGGGCGUCCCUCAAGGGUGCAUUCAGAGCACAGUGUGUUGUAUUUGAUUUAACGAUAAUAGUGCCACGUGAUAGUGAUUUGUUUUAUGCAGAUGCGUUCGAUAAAGUGGAUUAUAGAAGUUGCAUUAACAGUUAAGUGUUUUAUUUAAAGUGUGGUGAUUUAAAUCAGUGCAUAUGAGUGAGAAGGCUGUUCUGAGGAUGACAAACAUUUCUCCGGAGACGAGGAUCAUGAUGAUGAGGUCUGAUGAUGGAAGACAGGGGUAUAGACGGCAGAUCUUUGCGGCGCUGGCUGUAUCCCUUGGACCUUUUGCUGCUGGAUUAAGCAAAGGUUACAUGUCUCCAGCCAUAGCGUCUAUGCAAGAGGAAGAAAAGCAUCACACCUCAGGGUUCACUGUCAGCGACCAGCAGGCCAGCUGGAUAGCCAGUUUGAGCUUACUUGGGGCUCUCAUCGGUGGUAUCCUGGGUGGUAUGGCAAUGAGACUUGGAAGAAGGAGAGUUCUCCUCUUCACGGCAUUGCCUUAUACCGUGGCGUGGCUUGCUACUGGAUUAUCAACCAGCGUCAAUAUGCUAUCAAUAACAUCGUUCUGCGGCGGCAUGCUGAUUUGCUGCAUAACCAUGAUUACCCAGGUUUACGUUACGGAAAUAGCUGUGCCGGAAAUUCGUGGGUGCUUGAGCUCAGUUUUGAAGAUCCUGAGCCAAAUUGGUAUUCUCAUAUCAUUUUCACUUGGCGCGUCCCUAAAUUGGCACCAAUUGGCCCUGGUUGUGGCCGCAGCCCCAGUUCUCCUGUUCUUCGCAUUGUUAUUCAUCCCGGAGACUCCAUCGAGUCUGCUCCUGCGAGAUAAAGAUGAAGAGGCUGCGAGCGCUCUCCAGUGGCUGCGGGGCCCGGAUGCUGAUAUUCGCCAGGAAUUAGCGACGAUAAGGACGAAUAUUUUAGCCAGCAAACAUUACAAUGAUGGUAAAGCUGGUAAAUUCAAAGUUCUUUUGUCGAAACGUCUGACACGACCCGUCCUUAUAACAUGCGGUCUAAUGUUCUUCCAAAGAUUCACGGGGGCCCAUGUAUUCAAUUUCUACGCCGUGCCAAUGUUCAAAAAGACUUUCAGGAUGAUGAAUCCCCACGGAGGUGCCAUAGCUACGAGCGUCGUUCAGCUGCUAGCUUCUUGUUUAUCUGGACUGUUGAUUGAUCACGUCGGAAGGUUGCCGUUGCUAAUGACAAGUGGAGUCAUGAUGUCCAUAGCGUUAGCUGGCUUCGGUUCAUACGCUUAUUAUGAAGAUGUGUUCCGAAAUUCGACAGAUCUAACUCAAGUUGAACCUGGUUCUUACGACUGGAUACCUUUGCUUUGCGUCCUGACUUUCACUAUAGCGUUCUCGUUGGGCAUAAGUCCUAUAUCCUCGCUUCUUAUUGGGGAACUAUUUCCAUUGGAAUAUAGGAGUACUGGUAGCGCAUUAGCGACAAGCUUUAGCCAUUUAUGUGGUUUCGUAAACGUGAAAACUGCAGCCGAUUUCCAGGACCACAUAGGCCUUUAUGGUUUGUUCUGGCUGUACGCUGGAAUUUCGGUCCUGUGUUUGCUUUUCGUCGUACUCUUUGUACCAGAGACAAAGGGCCGUGAGAUUGACGAAAUGGACCCCAAAUACGUUGAAUCACUGUGUAUAAAUCGAUAGCAUUGAACUGUAUUAUAGUUUGUAUAAUCAUAGACUGAAUUUCCUUGGAGAUAACGAAUGUCUUUAACUUAUCUGAGGAAACCUUCUCCAGUAUUAUUUUUAGUAUAAUCUAGUGAUACGACAGUGCCUUAAUCUUAGAUCUUUUUUCCAAAACAUCACACAAAGUUUAGGCUCAAAACGAGCUUACGAUAUAAAAUUUUUUAGAUAAUAUUUAUUAACCUUUUAACAUUGUAUUUAAAAUUAAAUUAAAUUAUCUAUACUCAUAUACAAUAUCAUCUUGAAAACCAAAAAAAAAAAAAUGUAUAUAAUGUAAAUAUUUCGUCAUUUAGAAUAAGUAUGUACUUUUAUUACUACGUCACAAAUCUAUUUAUUGUUAAUAAUGUUUUUAAGUUAGUUUUUUUUUAUUAAAAUUUAAAAAAAAAACAAACAAACACUUGUGAUUUUUUUUAUAUAUCAGUAUUGUUGAAUUUUUAAAAGAAAAACAAUGUGAUUAAUUGUGUUAUUGUUGUUGAGGUUUAAUUGUAUUGUAUAUGUAAAACAUUAUCUAUAGGAUUUGUGGAUUCGUUUGAAAGUCUUGUAUAAGGUUUUUAUUAUGAUGAGUUUAUUAUUGUCAUUCAUCGACUACAGAUUUAUUGCAUUUGUUAGUAAAUAUAGUAUAGUUGAAAUUUAUAUUCGUUUAAUAGAUGUGGUGCUAAAACGGUGCCUUUGGGAACUCCAAAAUUGAAAGCUGUAUAUAACUAGCCCUAAGAUUGUACAUAUUUAUGUACUAUUGUUUAAAUUGCCAUAUAUUUAAGGGUAUUUAAUAUACCUGUAUUUUCUGAAAUGUACUUAAAACAGUGAUUUAAGUGUUUAAUAAAAAAUGUCCUUAACGAGA